AUGGCUCACAAUUUGCCUGAGGAAAUCAUACAUGAUAUACUAUCUAGACUACCGCCUAAAUCUUUGAUCAGAUGCACCUUGGUGUGCAAGGCAUGGAGGUCCACGAUAAAAAAUCCCAGCUUUAUUCCCUCCCACCUCAACCGUACAAUCUAUCUUAAUAACCAGUUUGGCACCCACCUCCUCCUACUCCACUGUGUUUCUAGAGCUAUUCUUUCCAGCAGCGUCAACAUUUGGCUUGACGAGCCAAGGGAGAAGCAUUGCAAUUUGCACUAUGACAACCAUGCUUUUGAUGAGUACUGCAAGCUAGAAUUUCCAAUCAUUCCCAACAUGAAUAAAUUUCUUCGCGUGGUUGGAGUUUGUAAUGGGCUGGUGUGCCUUGCCGUUGAUAACGACCGUUUAGGUUACAUAUGCAUGUUAUGCAACCCGUCUAUAAGAAAGUCCAUGACACUUCCGAAGCCUCAUCUAUCCUUCGAGACCAUUGGCCCGUACGAUGCUUAUAUUGGUUUUGGUUUUGACGCUGUGACUAAUGACUACAAGGUUGUGAGACUUAUCACUGAGCACCGUGAAGAGCCGAAUACUUUUUAUGAGGUUUAUUCACUAGCUGGAGGCUAUUGGAGUGAUCCUCGUUCUCUAGAUCACGUAUGUGAAGUUACAGAUCCUCAUAAACCCCCGGCUUUUGUUAAUGGUGCUAUUCAUUUUAAGGCAUUCUACCGUUCGACAAAUGGUGGUUUUGAAUGGUUCAUUUUGGCGUUUGACGUGGGCAGCAAUACAUUUCGCAGGAUAAUGGCACCGACGGAUUUUGCAGCCUCAGCGUUAACGCAAGUGUCUAUAUCAGGUGACGGGAAAUCUAUUGCUAUAUUCAACCUUUGCCAGUCAUUUCUUGAUGGCACAUAUCUUGAUAUAUGGGUGAUGAAAGAGUAUGGCAUGGAAGAGUCAUGGACCAAACUGACAACUCCAUGUCCACCAGAUAUACAAAGAGAAAUUCCCUACAAGCCAUUAUGUUUUAGGAAGAGUGGUGAUGUAGUGUUGGUACCGGAUGGUCAUCCUAUUUAUUAUGGUGAUCCGUAUGGAAUAGUUUCUCUAGACCCUGUGAGCAAGCAAUUCAAAAGUCUUGGAUUUCUUGAUUGCGAAUAUUACUAUGUUGAAUCUUAUGUUGAGAGCCUCGUCUUACUCGACAAGACCGAUACAGUUUCUUACUGA